UCAGGCAAAAGGACCAUCCAGAUAACUGGAAAUUCAAUACCAACCAAUCCUAAAGAGGAAAGUUUGUGCUUUUGAAAUAUAUCCCUGCAACAAAGGAUUUGGGAGAGGAGAUAUAUCAGUAAAAAUAGGGAUCCCACAUACCCCAGCUGUGCCUCCUCAGAUCUGCACAACACUGAUUCAGACCAUCCAAAAAUUUCAAUUUUCCAGCUGUCACAGGAAAAAACAGGGGUCAGCUGAAUGUCAGGAUGCAAUUAGUAACUAUUAUAUUACUACUUCUUCUUUGUAAUGCAUCUGACUGUAGGAGGACAAGGAACAGGAGUCUGAGAAACAAUGUAAGGGAAAACGUCUUAAGGAGAACAUCUAGCACUGUUAAGCGCAAUGCCCGAGGACUAACAUGUGAUAUUUACACUUAUCUUCAUGAGAAAUACUUAGAUUGUCAGGAAAGAAAAUUGGUUUUUGUGGCAUCUGAUUGGCCAGAGGACAUAAAACACAUGCUGUUAGCAAGAAAUAGGAUUCAUAAAUUAAAAAACAAUAUGUUUUCCAAGUAUAAAGUACUGAAAAGUCUGGAUUUACAACAGAAUGACAUAUCAAAAAUUGAGAGUGAGGCGUUUUAUGGUUUGGAUAAACUUACCACACUCUUACUUCAGCACAACCAAAUUAAGAUUUUAUCUGAGGAGAUUUUUAUUUAUACGCCCAGUCUAAACUACCUACGUCUCUAUGACAAUCCCUGGCAUUGCAGCUGCGAACUAGAAACUCUUGUUACAAUGCUACAGGUUCCAACAAACAGGAAUUUGGGAAAUUAUGCCAAAUGUGUGCACCCAAUAGAACUGAAAAAUCAAAAGCUAAAGCAGAUAAAAGCUGAUCAGCUAUGUAGUGAAGAGGACAGACAGGAUCCCAAAAACAUAAAACGAGACAAACCUGAACCUGUAAAACCAGAAUUUGAUUCUUCUUUGUGCCACAUGUAUGUGUUUCCUGUGACAACUCUGAACUGCAAAAGAAAAGAUUUAAAGAAAGUUCCAGGUAACAUACCUCCAGAUAUAGCUAAACUUGAUUUGUCCAACAACAAAAUUAGACAGCUACGAGCCAAGGAGUUUGAAGAUGUCAGUGAACUGAAGAUAUUGAAUCUAAACAGUAAUGGAAUAGUAUACAUUGAUCCUGCUGCUUUUUCAGGCCUCAAUAACUUAGAGGAGCUGGAUCUAUCAAACAACAGCUUGCAGAAUUUUGAAUAUGGAGUACUGGAAGAUCUCUACUUUCUGAAAAUACUGUGGCUGAGAGAGAAUCCUUGGAGAUGUGAUUACAACAUACAUUACCUUUUCUACUGGCUGAAGCAUCACUACAAUGUUCACUACAAUGGCCUAGAAUGCAAAACGCCUGAGGAAUACAAAGGAUGGUCUGUUGGAAAAUACGUUCGAAGUUACUACGAGGAAUGCCCAAAAGAUAAACUUCCCAUUUAUCCAGAAACUUUUGAUCUGGACAAAGAUGAUGAGGAAUGGGAACGACACAAAGAGCAAACAGUUCAGACAGUAAAGAAGCAUGGUGUUAUUGUCACCGUGAUAGGCUAAUAAGGGAACCUUUUCCCUUAUUAGGUUUAGAUAUUUGAUACCUUGAAAAAGAAAAACAUACUGUUCAAAUUUGUUCUAACUAUUCUGUUGGUUUGUAGGACUAUCUGUCUACAAAGAUGUCUCUUUACUGCAGAUAAUAACUACAGAAUGACAUUUGUUCAACAGCAUCCUUCAUCUAGUAAUUGUUUUUGAAAGUUUGUUCUGGACACUCUUGUGAAAUAUUUUGGCAAAUAUUUGAAACUAUGCAAAUAGACACAAAUGUACAUAAUAUGGUGGGGAGGGCCUGUCUUAUGUAUGAACACAGUUUAUGUGUUCACACAGAAAUAGUUGCAGGAUUGUGUCCAAGACACAUUUUUCUUGAAUGUAUUGACAGUUCUUUGUAUCUAUCAGUUUCCUGAAAUAUUCCCAGAAAAUAUUUCUAAGAUUUUUA